AUGGCAAGAAGAACUACCUAUCUACUACCCAGUAUUGGCUUUAUUAUUAUUAUCUUAGCAAGAACUACAAGCGUUCGCUUACCUCAAGGUUAUUUGUCCAGAGCUGCCAGUAUCACAGAAAUACUGUCAGACCACGUCUCUACGGGCACCAUGAACGGCGAUAACAGGGACAACAGCAUGCGCGAAGUAGUAGACGUUGUAAGGACGACGAUGCAGCACUCUUGUUACCCUGCCUCUGACCCUGCUGAUCAUCUUCGUCACGAUUGACGAUGAUGAACAUCAAGUUUGUAAUUGAUGUUGAAGGCCAACGGCAAGGUAGAUGAUGGUCCAGCUCGUGAAGGUCUUUUAAAGCUACUUAUUUGGAAUUAGUGCUGGGGAUUCUUCAAAGAUGGCCACAUGAAACCUCUCUCGUAUGAGUGAACGUUUUCUUUUAUCCAUCGGAAGAAAAUAUAAAAUCUGAAAGCCACGGCGA